AUGAAGGAACCCCAGCAGCACCUCCUCGGCAGUCUAAGCUGCGCGCCGCAGCCAGGCUGGCGGAUCAUCGUUGUCUGCACUGGGGUGGCCGAGUACGUGCUCGUUCACUCGGGUGUCGACUCGGGUCUUCUGUCGAAGGUGAGGCUUCUCAGACUGGCGAGGAUGACGAAGCUGAUGCGGAUGGUCUACCACGUGCCGUUCUUUGUCGAGCUGAGGAAGCUGAUGUACAUGAUCAGCAGUUGCAUGAAGACCCUGUUCUGGUCAUUCUUGGUACUCGGGGUGGUCAUGACGAUGUGGUCGAUCGUGGCGGUGGAGCUCGUCCACCCUAAGGUCCUCGAGCUGUCGUCGCGGGGCCAGUGGUCCGAUUGCGAGAGGUGCAGCCGGGCUUUCUCCACGGUGUUCCACGCCAACAUCACCUUCUUUCAGACGAUUGUGGCAGGCGACAGCUGGGGCUUGAUGGCGAUCCCAGUCAUCGAGGCCCACCCGUGGUCCCUCUUCAUCUUCACUGGGGCCUUGCUGACCCUCGUGUUCGGUGUCCUCAACGUGAUCGUGGCCGUGGUCGUUGACGCCUUCGCGGAAGCGCGCGCCAAGGACGUGUUCACGAGGGCCCGCGAGAUGGAGUGGGACGAGCAGCAGGAGAAGAAGGUGUUGAGCAACAUCUUCAACAAAAUCGACACAGAUGGCAACGGCUCUCUGGAUUUCGAGGAGUUGAAAGAGGGGGCCAGGAGGCACCAGCAGUUCAGCCAUUUGCUCCGCGUGCUCGACAUCGAUACCCGUGAUCUGGAGGAAAUGUUCGUCAUGCUCGACCACGAUGGGUCUGGCGAUAUCAGCACGACUGAGUUCGUGGAGUGGAUGUACAGGAUGAAGAACACAGAUUCAAAGACGGUCAUUCAGUUCAUCAAGCAGAAGCUGACGAAGAUAGAGGAAAAGGUGCUCGAACAGGAGGACACCUUGGAGUCGCGACUGAACGACCUGGUGAAGUUCCAGUCCGAUUGCCUGCAGAAGCUGAAGGAUAAUUAUGACGCUCCAACUUGUUUUAGCCUUGACCACCUGAAGUAA